CCAGUCCGCCGCCCUGGAGCUGGGAGCUGGGAGCUGGGAGCUGGGCAGUGUUCAUUCUCUCCCGGGUGGCUAUCCUAUGCUGCCCCGGAGCACAGAUAAGUUUGCCUGAUCAGGAGGAACUUUCAGAAGCAGCCUCUAUUAGUUCCAGGAGGAAAAAAUCCCAGGGAAGGAUUCUGAUUGGCCCAGCUUCUGUCAUGUGCCCAUCUCCUGACCAGUGGGUAAAUUCUUAAAAGUAAUGGAGCUGGGUCAAGAAGUAUACCCUUUUUGCAUUUGGAUUCAAAUUGCGGUAUCGUCCUAAGAUUUGCCGGGGGAUCAAGUGAGGAAACUUGGUGUGAGACAUGUCAACCGGAUGACGAGGAGAGUAAAGACUCACAGGUCAUCUAGCCCAUCUGGGCCUGUCCUCGCCGAGCGUCCCCUCCCCCCACCCGUCGGGCUGCUCGGCGGCUACUGCAGAGGAUUCAGUGCCGAGUCGCUGAGGAGGAGGCUCCAGGUCCCUGCGCGCCAUCCGCCACCCUACUGGACACGGGCGAGGGAGCGAGAGCGUCGCCGCUGCAGCCGCCAGAAAGGACAAGGGCAUCGCCGUGUCUGCCGCCGCCGCCUCUGUUUUCGCCUGCAGCCGCUCGCUGGUUUGACACUUUAUAAAAGAAAAUCCAAAAGUCGGAUGUCAGGAGAGGACAUUUAUUCAAUUGAUCAACUUUAUCCAAAGAUCUGUAUCAGAAUAUCAAUCCCAUUUUGCCAGGUGAAGAAAUCAUAUAACCACAUAUGAAGGAUCCUCAGUCUUCCACAAUGAACCCUGUUUACAGCCCCGUGCAGCCUGGGGCCCCCUAUGGCAACCCCAAGAACAUGGCCUACACAGGUUACCCCACAGCCUAUCCGGCAGCCGCCCCUGCUUACAAUCCCAGCCUAUAUCCUACCAAUAGCCCCAGUUAUGCUCCAGAGUUUCAGUUCCUGCAUUCAGCUUAUGCAACUCUGCUGAUGAAACAGGCCUGGCCACAGAAUUCGUCUUCCUGUGGCACUGAAGGCACCUUCCACCUCCCAGUGGACACCGGGACCGAGAACCGAACUUACCAAGCAUCCUCUGCAGCUUUCAGAUAUACUGCGGGGACACCAUACAAGGUCCCACCGACCCAGAGUAAUACCGCUCCGCCCCCUUACUCCCCAUCACCCAACCCUUAUCAGACGGCCAUGUAUCCAAUCAGAAGUGCCUACCCCCAGCAGAAUCUGUAUGCCCAGGGAGCCUACUACACACAGCCGGUGUAUGCUGCGCAGCCCCAUGUCAUCCACCACACCACAGUGGUCCAGCCCAACAGCAUUCCCUCCGCCAUCUAUCCAGCACCUGUCGCUGCCCCCAGGACCAACGGCGUGGCCAUGGGCAUGGUAGCAGGCACCACCAUGGCAAUGUCAGCAGGUACCCUGCUGACUACACCCCAACACACUGCGAUUGGGGCACACCCUGUCUCCAUGCCAACAUACAGGGCCCAAGGAACCCCUGCGUACAGCUAUGUGCCCCCGCACUGGUAAAGCCUGCAGCCCAUCCAAAUCUGGAGUCACACAUUGUAUGCAACUACUCAAGUCUUACACAGGUGCUGGAGCAGUUCCCUAGCAGCACCACUUCUAUUUGCAAGAAGAGACAACGGAAGUGCAAGGGUCACUUUAUGCAUCUUAAAUGGUUUUCGUUUUUAUUUUUGGUUUUUGUAAAAGCUGCUUUUUCUAAUCUCCUGCCUCUCCUCCACUGUCCCCCUCUUAGCCGGCUGCCCUUGCAACUCCACUCCCCCUCCCUAACCAGACUGCGUCUUCUCUGCUCUUCCUCCUUUCUUCCCCAGACAUCCAGUCCCCAGGGAUCCCAGUCUGGUGGCAAGCAGAGAGUAGGGUUUACUGCAGUGGUUCAGCUGAAGGCUCGGUUUCAUUUGAAGAGCAUAAACAGAUGUGGCCCUCAGGUCCAGGGUAGAAACUCAGUAAAAUCUCUGAGGGAUUGUUAACUUUUUUUGGGCUUUCUUAAACAAGAUUAGUUUAGGACAUUACCAUGUCUUGAAACACUUGAAGAAUCUACUGAGAACUAUUGCAACAAACCAAGAGCAAAACCACCUGAUUGUAUAGGAGUGUUAAUAGCAGCUUAAUACACCAGGCUGAGAACCUGGGAAAACAAGAUUUUCCCUUGGGAGAACUUGGGGGAGGGUGGGGGCACUG